CGCUUGUAUUGUAAACAGGGCGAACCCCGCGCCCCCCCCUCCAACGCUUCGUUCAUUUCAUAAAUCAGAUUCACUUAACCCUAAUUUUUCUCACGGCAUUUCUCGGUCGGCCUUAGCGAUACCCCUCAGCUUCCAACGGCCAGCCACAAGGGAGCUUGCUCCAGUUCAAGGCGACCUCCGACGAGGACCACGACGCCACUCCACGGUAAGCCACGGAAGGAGGUCUCACACUCAAUCACAGCAAAAAAGCAUUUGUCUGCUGACUCCUAUUUAGAAAGAACACACAUUCUCUCUGUCAAUUGGUAAACAUGAGGAAGCUAAAGUUUCAUGAAAAGAAGCUGCUGAAGAAGGUUGAUUUCUUGGAGUGGAAAAAAGAACAUGGUCACCGGGAAGCUUUUGUUAUGCAACGCUACCAUGUCACCCAGCGUGACGAUUACAAGAAGUAUGCGAGUUUGUGCAGGAUGGUGCAGAAGUUAGUGAACAUUUUGACUAAGAUGGACCAGAAAGACCCUUUUCGGAUUGAGAUGACUAAUACGCUGCUCGAAAAGCUGUACAACAUUGGUGUACUACCAUCCAAGCACAACACCGAUGCUCUAAAACUGUGUGAACGCAUAACAGCGUCAUCCUUCUGUAGACGUAGGCUCUCAACUGUUUUAGUGCGGCUGAAGUUUUGUGAGCACUUGAAAGAAGCUGUCACAUAUAUUGAGCAGGGACACAUACGAAUAGGUCCAGACACAGUUACUGACCCUGCAUUUCUUGUAACGAGGAAUCUAGAAGACUUCAUUACGUGGGUUGAUUCAUCCAAGGUAAAGAGAAAGGUGUUGGAGUACAAUGAUCAGUUGGACGACUAUGACGCAAUGAUAUGACCCACUCUUACGAGGAGUUUAGCACUUGAUAUUGUUAUUUCUGUGUUCUUCCUUUCGCAUUUUUCUAACUCUCCUGCGAAUUUAUUAUGGCAGUUUGUGAUCAUGCUAUUAGAUUCAUGAAAUGAAAAUACGAUCUGAUUGUUUAAGGUCGUUUAAUAUU